CAGGCAGGAACACUGUGAAACCCAAAUGUUAAGGAAAAGAGUUAAAGAUCUAGAGACAGAGUACAAACAACUACAGCUGGAGUGUCAAGUCAAAGAGAGUCGUGUGCUAGAUCUAGAGAGUGAUGUUGAGGCUCUGGGAAUGUACCGCUGUGUGGAGAAAGAGACAGACAUGCUGCUGUCCACUCUGUCGGCCAUGCAGGAGAAGGCUCAACAUCUGGAGUACAACCUGAGUGCCGAGACUCGCAUCAAACUGGACCUGUUCUCGGCUCUGGGAGACGCUCGCCGGCAGCUGGAGAUCGCUCAAGAUAAAGUGAUGAGGCAGGACCGGGAGAUUAAGGAGAUGAAGCAGAAGAUCGCCGAGGUGAUGGCCGUCAGCCCGGGGGUUUCCUACAUGGCUCCUCGCCCCCCGGUGCCGCAGUAUCUCACCAAGCUACUGAGCUCUGAGCGCUACAUGCUGAACCCACGAGCCCUCAUGUACCAGUGCCUGAAGAAAUAAAGGAAGUCGUCACCUUUGUCUGAUCCUAGGGAGAGCUCACAGAUUGGUAGGACAGAGCUACAUGACACCAUGAAGUCAUCUACUUCCAGCCAGCGGUGGAAACAGGAAGAACCUCCACAAGUCGAAUGCCUUUUGCUGCACCGAUGGUACCAAGUUCACAUUAUUUGUUUACAAGGGUUCAAGUGUUUCACUCCAAAAUACUAUAUCUCUCUUUAUGUAGAGAUACAGCUAACACUUUCUAGUUGGGAUGCAUCAGAGAAAAGCACACUUCUUCAAAUUCAGACCCUGUUCAUUUAUCUAAAGGAAUGAUUUUUGGGAAAUUGAAGUUCAUAAUGUACUAGAAGAUACAUCUUGCUGCCCUGCAGACCCACAAACCUACUGUAGCUUUAAAACACAGAUUCAAACUUCGAUUAAUCAAAAGUAUAAUACUUACAAGGUUUUAAUAUCACUUGUACAAUGAUACAUCUGCUGGAUACUACAAUCAAAAUAACAUGGGCUAAUUUAUUUUAUCGUGUUUACCCCUUGAGUCAAAUGAAUAUUAGUUCAUAAAAGCAUCCGAUAAGUGUUUUCACAGCGGGCAUUUAGACGAAUCAAAAGAGAAGCAGAGGUGUUACUAACAACGUGAACAAUGGCUCUGCUUUAUUAAAAUGUUCUAGCCCUGACAGUGAGUCAGCGUGCACAAACCCAUGAAACUCAAACUGCUUAAUGGGAUUCAGCCAUUAUUCAUUUAUUUUCCUGCUGUGACAUGUCAUAAUGUCUUCUGUGAAAAGCUAAUUCAAAUAUUAAGAUACCCUGCUGAGCCAUGUUCUCAGACUCAAUGUGAAUAUAGAAAUGAUACAUGACCAUAUUGAUGUCAGUCCUUGAUUGUGUUCUUGCUUUGAAUCUAAAGAAUAAAAAUAAACCUUUAUUGGAUAACAACAUAAAUAUAUGCUCCAAACUAAAUCUGAAUUUUCUCAAAGCAUAUUUAUAAUUACGAACAAUUCCCACAUGCUACAUUCUUAAGAAGAGUAUGUAUAAGUAUACAUUUUGGAAUCAGUGGCCGUUUACAGGGGUCUUUGUUGUGGAACAGGUUGAAAUCUUGAUGUUUCUUGAGAACAUUGUGCAGUGAUGUUGAUUGUUGAAACGGAUAUCACAGUUUGCGGCGAUUCCUUUCUCUUUGUUUGGCAGCUCCCGGCGUAAAACAAUGGAAACGGUGAUAGUGACUUUGUCCCCGAGCGACAGGGGAGUUGUUAAUAACGAGGAAUGGUGUCGACCAAACGUGGUUCAUGAAUUUAAUUACUGUGCCUAUAUACUUUCAAACAGGAAAGUAAAACACAAUUUAAUGUGAAAGAGUAAUGUGUUUGAAUUGAAGUGCUAUGUACUGUUUUUGUAGUUCCUUUGAUUUAUUUUCUACUCACAAGGUACAGAAUUGAAAAUACCCACGCAGCUGGAAACACUCAUGAUCUGGAUGUCGCCAUUUUGGUAGCUUUUUAUUUAGAGUGUCUUUCUAGGGUGUUUUAUAUCAAAACUAUUUUUUAGUCUUGCUGUACUUUUAUUAUACUGCUGUCAUUUUGUACGGCGAUGUGUUUUGUCAGCAUGAAAUGUGUUUUAUUCAACUGUUAAUCGAGCACACAUUGUGACUUUCAGUAUGUACAUGAAUAUACUUGUACAAGGGCUACAAUUUCUUAACAUUUUGAACAAAUAAUUCAAAUAGUGAUGCUCUAAAGGGUAGAGAUCGCACCCCUGACGCAUCAGGUUUUGUAUAAAUA